AUGGGCCGGGCAUCCGCCGAUCCCUCCACCUCCGGCCACGGCACACCUGUGCGCCGCCGGCGACACUUCUUCCGCCACCGUUCACUAACCCCUUCCUCCAUUGACGAAACUUCCCAAGAACUCAGCCCCUCUCACACCGCCGCUUCAUUCUUGGAGCAACCGUCCGUCCUCCACGUCCCCUACGACUACGACGACGGGGACGCCAUGGGCUCCUACGUCGCGGUCGCGCCUCUGCCCGUCUUCCGCGGCGACCCCGGCGAGUGCCCCGACGCCCACCUCGCCCGCUUCGACCGCGUCUGCCGCGCCAACGGCGCCGCGACCCCGGCAGCCGCGGCCCGCAUCUUCCCGGCGUCGCUCGACGCCGACGCCGCGCUGUGGUACGAACUCAGGGUCUCCGGCGCCGAAGACGACUCGCCGAUCCCGCCGUGGGACGCCGUCCGCGCCGCCUUCCUCGACUUCUUCCGCCCGCCGGGCGCCGCGGACCGCGCGCGCGCCGAGCUCGCGGCCCUGAGGCAGGGACCCGGCGAGGCCGUCAACAGGUACCACCUCCGCCUGCAGGGGGUCCUCCGGCGGUGCUCGAGCGUCGGCGUCGACGUCCCCGACGAGCUGUCGAUGGCCGCCUUCGUCGACGGCCUCCUCGCCGAGUUCAGGGACUGCGUGGCGCCGCAGCAUCCGGAGGCUCUGGACAACGCGGUGGCGCUGGCCCUGAUCUGGGAGCGCGCCGAGGGCGUGCGCGAAGCGUGGCGCGUGGCGAAGGCGGCCUGCGCCCCUGCCCCCGCCACACCCGCCGUGGUAAGGUGCUCGUUCUGCGGCACGGACGGUCACGAGGAGGCACUGUGCGAGGCGUGGAUGAGCGGCGGCGGCGGGAGGGGAGGCUCCGUCGUGGUGGCUGAGGAGGAAGGAGGCGGGAGCGGGGCGCUGGCGCGGCUCGGGAGCGCGGUGAUCACCCGCUCGUGCCAGUGCAGGAGGCACCAGUGCGGGAAGAAGGCAGUGGCGCCGAGUGAGGUCGCCGGAGAUGGCGACGCGGGCGGUGCGGCUGCGGACAAGUCAUCCAACCAACUGGCUGGCCUUGGAGAUCUCCUGGCCUUGUGA